GGCGGAGACUGUCCCUCCGCAGCGCGGGAUCCGCCGGGACGGCUGCGGGACCCCGGGACAGCCGGCCCGUCUAAAUGUCUUCCUUGUUGGCGACUGAAUUGGGACUGCUUCUAUUUCAACAGCUAUCGACUGGCUCCUCACCGACAAGCAACGUCCCAGCUUCUCUUCUCCUCAUACAGCCCUGAGGCGUUGCGUUUUAAGAAAUUCAAAAAGGUUAUGCUGGGGUUAAUAAUUGUGGUCUUCAGUUGGUUAUCCAGACAUCAGCAAUAACAGAGAAAAGCAAACCAUUCGAAUUCAGAAUAAAUAAAGAACAGUCAUCUUUCCACAAUAGACUUCUGCAGCAUGAUCUGGAAAAAAACUAUUCAGGAAGGCAAGGAGACCAAAGAGUAUUAAGUCCUUUGGUGCAUAAUAAGCAGAUAUAUCUUCCAGUACCAUCCAGCCUGACAGAACUUUCUGGUUUGGAGUUGAAGCAGAAUACAGGUUCUUUAUCAGGAUUUGGCGAGUCUUCUAUUCACACACCUACAAAAUCUAGAUCCCAACAAAGCAGCCACAGUAUUAGUUUACAUGUUUCAGAUAACACAAAUUUUGGGAGCAGUUCAUCGAUAGCAUUUCCUGUAUUGCAACGUACUGCUGAAGAAAAAAUACUGAACUCUGAUAGACUUAGCCUGGAAAGACAAAAACUGACAGUGUGCCCAAUUAUUGAUGGGGAAGAUAAUCUUCGGCUUUUGAAUUUUCAACAUAACUUUAUAACCCGGAUCCAAAAUAUAUCUAAUCUGCAGCAUCUUGUUUUCUUAGAUUUAUAUGAUAAUCUGAUAGAGGAAAUAAGUGGGCUUUCAACUCUGAGAUCCCUAAGAGUCCUUUUGUUGGGAAAGAACAGAAUAAAGAAGAUCUCAAAUCUGGAGAACCUAAAAAAUCUUGAUGUUUUAGAUCUUCAUGGAAAUCAGAUUACUAAAAUAGAAAACAUCAGUCAUUUGAGUGAACUGAGAGUGUUAAACCUUGCCAGAAACCUCCUAACCAUUGUAGAAAACCUUAACGGACUGGAUUCGCUCACAGAGCUCAACCUUCGUCAUAAUCAAGUCUCUGCUAUAAAAGAUGUGGAUACUUUACCCUGUCUCCAGCAUCUCUUCCUCAGCUUCAACAAUAUAUCUAGUUUUGAGGAUAUUCUGUGCCUUGCUGAUUCCUCAUCUCUGUCAGAUAUCACCCUUGAUGGCAAUCCAAUAGCUCAGGAGACAUGGUACAAACACACUGUUCUCCACCAUAUGAUGCAGCUCCGACAGCUAGAUAUGAAGAGAAUCACAGAAGAAGAAAGACGUAUGGCAUCUGUUGCAGCAAGGAAGGAGGAAGAAAGGAAGCGUGAAAGCCAUAGACAGGCCUUGCUUAAGGAAAAGAAACGGUUAACGAUUUGUAAUAUUGCUCGUCAGUGGGAGAUACAGCAGAAUCAAAUAGCUCUUGUGGCUUCAUUAAACCAAGAUAAAGAUAACGAGCCCUGUCAAAUCAAUGGCAGUGCUGCAUAUGUAUUUCCUGAAGAAAGCAGGUCACUUGAUACAAUAUUGAGCAGUGCAGUACAAGGCUUGUCUGUUCUUGAGUCUCAUUUAGUGGAAGUGGAAGGCGACACCCUUAGCCUGUAUGGUGCUGGGGCACUGGAGUGCCUGGAUCGAAACUGGAGUGCUCAGACAGCUGGAAUCAUCGUCACAGUCUCCUUUAUGUUCAUAGAAUUUGAUGAAAUUGUUCAAGUGUUAGCGAAACUGAAGAUAAAAUUUCCUAAUUCUGUGCACCUGAAGUUUAAGGAGACGAAUCUUGUGACACUGCAGCAAUUCAAUGCAUUAGCCCAGAUGCAUCGCCUUGAACAGCUGACAGUUGAUCCUCAGGGAAAUCCGGUUGUCAGCUUCGCUUUGUGGAAAUACUAUGUUCUGUUCAGACUGAACCAUUUUAAUCUACAGAAGAUAAAUGGAGUAAAGGUUACUGAAAAUGACAUUGUAAUGGCAGAAAGGCUCUUUGGCAUUCUGGCAUAUGUAGCAUCUUCUGAGCUGCCGCAUUAUCGCAAGCUUUCAUUAUUUGGAGAAUCUAGGGCAAAGCAAUUCCAUUGUCCGCUGGAGGGAAAGGGAAAGAAAUCUGGGACUGGGAGUGAGGAAAGUAGUGAUAACGGAAGAAAUGGAAGUGAAAGCACAACUCGAGCAAUGUUGAAUUACACGACAAAGGACUUUCACAUGGAAAAGCUUGAGGAAAUCAAGGAGAGAAAAACAUUUUGCCAGACAUACGUCGAGAACUUAGUGAAAGAAGCAGCUGACAUCAAUAUGAAAAAUGAGUCGUUGCAGAAGCUCUGGCCUCAAAUGUUCAUUGAGCUUGUCAGAGAUGCAGUGAUAGAAAUACGCAAUAAAAAUUCCUACAUGAAACUCUGCUUACAGCGGAUCACUGAUCAAAAACAGUAGAGUAAAGGCUUGUUGUCUUGCAAGCUUUUGGGUUAAGUAUUCUGUGAUGUUUUACAAACUUAAAACAAUAGAAUGUAAAAUUACCAUCUCUCUGGCAUACUUCACACUUCCCAAAGGGAUGCCUAUAAAUCUUAAUUAACUCUUGAUAGUUUUGAAAUAAAAGUUUACUCGCAGUCGGCUUUAAUAAUGCUUCGUUGGCUAAAGCAAUGAGAUAGCGUAGAAGUAACUUGGUGAUUGUCAUGUUCUACUAAGUUAUUGUUAAUUUUUUUCUGCUACCCUUUGCUUCUGUAGUGCUAGAGCACUGAUUUUUAAAGAACAAAUUUACACUCUGCCUGCCUUAUUUUUUAUUGAAUACUUUUCAAUUUUCACCUUUUGACUGUUUGCUGUUUAAAAAAAAUAUCGAGAAUAGUAGCCAUUUUUUUUAAUGAGCAAAAGCUAAUAAAUUAUUUUUACACCCUGGACUUGACAAAGACUUAUUAUUAUUGUUGUAUAGCUUGUGAGAUUAUAGAACACGUUUUCACAUGAAUGGUAUCACAGUUCUCAGUGUAUCAGCAAUUAAUGAGCCUAAUUCUCACCUGAACAAAUUGCCCAAGCUUGUUUUCAACUGUUUUUCAUUCAUUUUAUUUGUAAUAGUUUGUGUGGAUUAUUAUAGGUAAAAUAUGAAUUUGAGGUAUAUUCACUUAGACCGUAUUCUUGGUCUGUUAAAAUAUGUUAGUAAUGUAAUUUCUUUUGUUUCUUGAUUACUAAAUGAUUAAUUUUUGAGGUUUGGCAAGGUCAAAUGAGCUAAAAUGCAUGCCUUACAUUUGGUAAGGAAACUGAUGGCUACUGUGAAAUUGUAAUUAAUUUCUGUGACUGCGUGAAAAUUUCAUAUUUGUUAUCAAUAAAAAUAAAUUCUUCACUUUUGCCCUUCACA